AUGGCUACCCCAACUGAUACCAACACCUCCACCUCUGCGCCAACUGGCCUUCUAGUUCCCGAAAAGCCUACUAUUGUUAUAGUUCAAGGCUCCUUUCAAACCCCACUCGUCUAUGAUGGCCUCUUAAAGGGGCUUGUAGCUGAAGGUUACCCUAGUUUGCACCCAAAACUGCCUAGCUGUACCGAUGUUGACAGCCCAGAAUUCCCCUCAGUGACUCUUGUUGACGAUGCUUUGGCUGUCCGCCUUGAGGUCACGAAGCUCGUCGAAUAUGAAAGCAAAACGGUUGUUGUUGUAAUGCACUCGUAUGGCGGCCUGGUGGGUAGUGAGGCAGUUCCAGAGGAGCUAAGCUUUACCCACCGCCAGGCCAAAAGACUUUCGGGGGGAGUAAUCCACCUGUUUUAUUUCAGCGCGUUCGUACUUUCUGAGGGCCAAUCAGUGCUGGGAACGUUUGGAGAAUCGCCGAACAAUGACGUGAAGCCGGACGGUCGAUAUAUUGUCCGCAACGGCGGAAAGGUUCUAUACAACGACCUACCAGAGCCAGAGGCCGCCCUCUGGGAAUCAAGGCUCAUCGUGCAGUCAUACAAUGUGCAACUCACCAAACUAACCCGCGCCGCCUAUCAAUAUAUCUCGUCGACAUAUCUUAUCUGCGAGAAUGAUCAGGCCGCUCCCCUCCAGUUCCAGGAGAUGUUCGCGGCCACUGCAAAAGCACAUGUGGAAAGAUGCUCUGCUGGCCAUUCCGCCAUGCUCAGCCAACCGGCAAUGUUAAUUAGCAAACUUAUGGCUGCUAUUAAUGUUGCCCUGUCUGAAAAAGAUAGGGAAGUGGCGGGACAGCAUGGAUUAUGA